AUGGAGCCACCAAAGCCCAUGCCGCCCGAGAAAUCCAAGGAGCCCGAGAAGCCCAAAGAGCCAUACAAGCCUAAGGAGCCCGCGAAGCUCAAAGAGACAGGUAAGCCCAAAGAGCCCGAGAAGCCCCCAGUGGUUGUGGUUGAAAACCCAAAACAUCCCGAAAGGCCCCCAUUUGAACUGGCCCCAAUAAUCCCACCACCGCCGCCACUAGCACCAGUUCCAGCUGAACCGUGCUUGCACCCGCCAGUUCCAGUGGGGUUUUGCUGUGUCUCAUGUUCGCAAGGGUACAACGAGGGACCAUACUACUACGAGUACGGGCAGCCGGUGCCCCCGCUACCCUGUUCUGAUAGUUAUGGUUACAAGUAUGGGAAGGGGUACCCAUACUGCCAUUGCGAUUUAUUUUAAUGAGGAGAACACUAGGGGCUGUACGAUUAUGUGAGAGUAGAA